GAGGGAGAGAGAGCGAGAGUGAGUGAGUGUGAGUGCGGGGUGGGGUGGUGGCCGUUACGUUCGGGGCAACGGCUACGGCAGUGGAGAAGUAAGAAGAGAAACAACGUCCGGCGCUUCCGCCUUCGCUUAGGAGGAGGAAGAGCUGGUAGGGAAAGGAAAGUGCUUCGCCCUGGGCCUGGACUGGACCGAGUUGGGUUGGUGGGGGUCUGGGCUAUGAGCUUUUGAGGGUCGCCUGGGACGCGGAGCGAGACACGAGAGCCAGGAGCUAUGUCUCAGCCGCCGCCGCCGCCGCCUCCGUUGCCGCCGCCACCUCCUCCCCCUGAGGUUCCACAGACUCCGUCGUCCUUGGCGUCGGCGUCGGCGGCUGCUUCGGGGGGGCUUUUGAAGCGGAGAGACCGGAGAAUCCUUUCCGGGAGCUGCCCGGAUCCGAAGUGCCAGGCGCGUCUGUUUUUCCCGGCCUCCGGUUCUGUCAGCAUCGAGUGUACCGAGUGCGGCCAGCGGCACGAGCAGCAACAGCUGCUGGGGGUUGAGGAGGUGACCGACCCGGACGUAGUGCUACACAACCUGCUGCGGAACGCGCUGCUCGGGGUUACGGGGGCACCCAAGAAGAACACGGAACUGGUAAAGGUGAUGGGCCUUUCCAACUAUCACUGCAAAUUGUUGUCGCCCAUAUUAGCUCGCUAUGGAAUGGACAAACAGACAGGCCGGGCCAAGCUUCUCCGCGACAUGAACCAGGGCGAACUGUUCGAUUGCGCCUUACUGGGUGACCGCGCCUUCCUCAUAGAACCAGAGCAUGUUAACACUGUGGGCUAUGGCAAGGACCGCUCCGGAAGCCUCCUGUAUUUGCAUGACACUCUGGAGGACAUUAAGCGGGCCAAUAAAAGCCAGGAAUGUCUCAUUCCAGUGCAUGUGGACGGGGAUGGACACUGCUUGGUGCAUGCUGUGUCUCGGGCUCUAGUAGGCCGAGAGCUCUUCUGGCAUGCCUUAAGAGAGAAUCUUAAACAGCACUUUCAGCAGCACCUGGCCCGAUAUCAAGCUCUGUUCCAUGACUUCAUUGAUGCUGCUGAGUGGGAGGACAUUAUCAAUGAGUGUGACCCUCUGUUUGUACCACCUGAGGGUGUUCCCUUGGGCCUGAGGAAUAUCCACAUAUUUGGUCUUGCCAAUGUGCUACAUCGUCCUAUUAUUCUGUUAGAUUCCCUCAGUGGCAUGAGAAGCUCUGGUGAUUAUUCAGCCACCUUUCUACCUGGGCUCAUCCCUGCAGAGAAGUGCACUGGGAAAGAUGGUCAUUUGAACAAACCAAUCUGUAUUGCAUGGAGCAGCUCCGGUAGAAACCAUUAUAUCCCCUUGGUAGGCAUAAAAGGGGCUGCUUUGCCCAAACUGCCUAUGAAUUUGCUUCCUAAAGCAUGGGGUGUGCCUCAGGACCUUAUUAAAAAGUACAUAAAACUUGAAGAGGAUGGUGGUUGUGUUAUUGGAGGUGACAGAAGUUUGCAAGAUAAAUACUUACUUAGGCUUGUUGCUGCUAUGGAAGAAGUCUUUAUGGACAAACAUGGUAUCCAUCCUAGUUUGGUUGCUGAUGUCCAUCAGUAUUUCUACAGAAGGACUGGAGUGAUAGGAGUUCAGCCUGAGGAAGUCACAGCAGCUGCUAAAAAAGCAGUAAUGGAUAAUCGCCUUCACAAAUGUUUGCUCUGUGGUGCCCUUUCUGAACUUCAUGUUCCUCCAGAGUGGUUGGCUCCUGGAGGGAAAUUGUAUAACCUGGCAAAAAGUACUCAUGGACAGCUGAGGACUGACAAAAAUUAUAGCUUUCCCUUGAACAAUUUGGUUUGCUCAUAUGAUUCAGUGAAAGAUGUUCUGGUACCAGACUAUGGAAUGAGUAACCUAACAGCUUGUAAUUGGUGCCAUGGCACAUCUGUGCGAAAGGUCAGAGGAGAUGGGUCUAUUGUGUAUUUGGAUGGAGACAGAACUAAUUCUAGGUCCACUGGUGGCAAAUGUGGUUGUGGAUUCAAACACUUUUGGGAUGGUAAGGAGUAUGACAAUCUACCAGAAGCUUUCCCUAUUACUUUAGAAUGGGGUGGAAGAGUGGUCAGAGAAACAGUAUAUUGGUUCCAGUAUGAAAGUGAUUCAUCUUUGAAUAGUAAUGUUUACGAUGUUGCAAUGAAACUUGUUACCAAGCAUUUUCCAGGUGAAUUUGGGAGUGAAAUCCUAGUUCAGAAAGUUGUCCACACUAUAUUGCAUCAGACUGCCAAAAAGAAUCCCGAUGAUUAUACUCCUGUAAAUAUAGAUGGUGCUCACGCCCAAAGAGUUGGAGAUGUUCAAGGACAAGAAUCAGAGUCUCAGCUCCCAACUAAAAUUAUUCUUACUGGACAGAAAACAAAAACUUUGCACAAGGAGGAGUUAAACAUGAGUAAAACGGAAAGAACUAUUCAACAGAAUAUUACGGAACAGGCUUCUGUAAUGCAGAAACGGAAAACAGAGAAGUUAAAACAAGAACAAAAAGGGCAACCCAGGACUGUUUCUCCCAGUACCAUUCGUGAUGGUCCAUCCUCUGCACCUGCUACACCUACCAAGGCUCCCUAUUCACCGACAACUUCUAAGGAGAAGAAGAUCCGAAUCACAACUAAUGAUGGACGACAGUCCAUGGUUACCCUUAAGUCUUCAACAACCUUUUUUGAACUUCAGGAAAGUAUAGCCAGAGAAUUCAACAUUCCUCCAUAUUUACAGUGUAUUCGAUACGGGUUUCCUCCUAAAGAGUUAAUGCCACCACAGGCAGGAAUGGAAAAGGAACCAGUUCCUUUACAGCAUGGCGACAGAAUUACAAUAGAAAUUCUAAAAAGUAAAGCUGAAGGUGGUCAGUCUGCUGCAGCACACUCAGCCCACACUGUGAAACAAGAAGAUAUUGCUGUUACUGGUAAACUGUCAUCUAAGGAACUUCAGGAGCAAGCUGAAAAAGAAAUGUACUCCUUGUGUCUUUUAGCAACAUUAAUGGGAGAAGAUGUAUGGUCUUAUGCAAAGGGACUUCCUCACAUGUUUCAGCAGGGUGGUGUAUUCUACAGUAUUAUGAAGAAAACCAUGGGUAUGGCUGAUGGCAAGCAUUGUACUUUUCCACAUCUGCCUGGCAAAACCUUUGUCUAUAAUGCUUCUGAAGAUAGACUGGAAUUGUGUGUGGAUGCUGCAGGACAUUUCCCCAUUGGUCCUGAUGUUGAAGAUUUAGUUAAAGAGGCUGUAAGUCAGGUUCGAGCAGAGGCUACUACAAGAAGUAGGGAAUCAAGUCCCUCACAUGGGCUAUUAAAACUAGGUAGUGGUGGAGUAGUGAAAAAGAAAUCUGAGCAACUUCAUAACGUAACUGCCUUUCAGGGAAAAGGGCAUUCUUUAGGAACUGCGUCUGGUAACCCACACCUUGAUCCAAGAGCUAGGGAAACUUCAGUUGUAAGAAAGCAUAAUACAGGGACAGACUUUAGUAAUAGUUCCACUAAAACAGAGCCUUCUGUAUUCACAGCUUCUUCUAGUAAUAGUGAGCUUAUUCGAAUAGCUCCUGGAGUAGUAACAAUGAGAGACGGCAGGCAGCUUGAUCCUGAUUUGGUUGAGGCCCAGCGAAAAAAAUUGCAGGAAAUGGUUUCUUCUAUUCAGGCUUCAAUGGACAGGCACCUUCGGGAUCAAAGUACAGAGCAGUCACCAUCUGAUCUUCCUCAAAGGAAAACAGAAGUUGUGAGUUCUUCUGCAAAGUCUGGGAGUCUUCAGACUGGUUUGCCUGAAUCUUUUCCUUUAACUGGUGGUACUGAAAAUUUGAAUACAGAAACAACUGAUGGCUGUGUAGCAGAUGCACUGGGAGCAGCCUUUGCCACAAGGUCAAAAGCACAAAGGGGAAAUUCCGUGGAGGAGCUUGAAGAGAUGGAUAGUCAAGAUGCUGAGAUGACUAACACAACUGAGCCAAUGGAUCACUCUUGAUUUAAUUAGAGGCUAAUAAAGGCAGAAUGUUUAUUGUGAAUAUGUAAUAUUUGUUGGCUGGGCCACGUAACUUGAUUAGUCAUUAAAAAUCUUGUACGUAUAUAAUUCAAAGAUUAUAUCUUGUUAUUCAGUGCAUGAUAGCAAGUGUGUGAUUGGCCAUAGCUUUUAAUAUACUGCUGCCCAGGCUGGCUCUGAAUUUCUAUAAAUUAGCUGUUAGAUCUGCUGAGAUGACUUUCUUCCAUAUAUGUGGUUCAUUGGAAGUUCUUUGUAAUUUUAAUUCCAUGAAAGUCUUAAUGUUUCCAACAUGAAAAUUCUCUUACUUAAAUACGUUUGAUUUCUGAAAAGCCUACAAAUGGAGGGGAAAUGAGAUUUUGCUAAUGUUGAUGUCAUCAAGGUAACCAUCUCACAUACUAGUGUCAAAAGGUUUAUGUAAACUUGAAUUUUAUCUGAACUAAAUUGUAUCUUAAAAUUCAUACAAUUAUUUAUUAGACAGUGGAAUGCAAAUGUUUCUAUGAACGUAAACACAUUCAUAGAGAUUUCUUGGCGAAAAUAUCUUGAGAAUAGAAUGUAACGAUAUAACAUUUUGCUGAUUUGUGCAAGAUUGGGGAAAAAUCUCUUCUAGAUUGAUGAGGUCAAUGUGAUUCAGUUGUGUUGCUGUCUGAGCCACAGCCAAUUGUGUGUGCUCUAUUAAUAUGUUACCAUUAUUUUUGAUUCCUGGCUUGGUCAAGAACAACCUGAUUUUUUUUUUUUUAAUCUUGCAGAAAAGUUGAUUGCAAAGUGUGGUAGAAAAAGAAAUAAUGGUAGCAGUAGAGAAUUUAUAAAUAAGAGUUUAUCUUUAUGAAUGAGUUAAUUGUUCUACAAUUUUGAUCAGUGGUAUUUAAGCCUGUAUAUGCUAAGUGUAUUUAUGCCCCUUUGAGCCAAAAUUUUUUUUUUUUUUCAGAAUCCAUAAGAGUUUAUUUGUUGGCUUCACUUGGGUUUAGAUGCAAAUUUUACUGCAUCACACCCUGAUCAGCUGGGUAUUUGCUUAGUGUAUUCAUCAAAUCUUCAGUGCCAGUUUCCUUGAGAAGCAGCUUUCAUGCUUAUUCCUUAAAAACAACAGAAGAGUGUUUAUCCUGAGAUUGGUAUUGCACUAUUUUAUUUUAUUCUGCAAAUCUGUAUCUUGAAAUGUACAUUUCAACCCAUAUUCUUCUCUGUUCACUGAAAUUAAGUUGAAUUUGAAUGGCUGAAAGACAAAAUAUAUGUUAAUACAAUCUCUUACCUAGAGCAUUCAAAGCCUGGCUGUCUCUGUUUGCACAUGUAACAGAUGCAGAACUGUGUUUGUAAUUCUAAGAAAAUGUAUGUCAGAAAGUAUUUUAUCAGAUGUUUAAAAAUCUCUGCCUGUUGAUUCAUAAGGGAUAUAGACAGUACUUUAACUUGUGUUUCCAGAUAAGGCAGAUUUUGGUCAUCUUUCUGUGAAAGUAUCUCUAACUGAAUCCACUUCUUAAACAAACUACUCUAUUUUAAAUAAGGAAAGAAUGGAGAAUCUAGACAUUUUACAGGUGUAUCUGAGCAAAAUAUAUAUUUGGGUUAGUUUUUAUCACAUUAUCACGUUUGUCUUUAUAUUUUAUCUUCAUCCUAAAUUUUCUUUCUCCCUAUCAAAACAGCAGGAAAUUUUUAAACUUUUAUAUUGUACACUAUUUUUGCAUAAAAUAAGAGCUGUAGCUACCAAAUACUAUUUACUACUUAGUAAAGGUGGCUUCUGUGUAUUAAACUACGAAUUACAAAUAUCACUUCACUAACCACUAUAAUUAUUUUUGGCUUUUUCAGCCACUGGAACUUUUUUUGGGGGGAUUUAAAUACAGGAAAACUGUUUAAUCAAAAAAUGCACUGCUUUCAUGUAAAAUGAUAUAAUCUUCUUUAACAAAUAUUUUCUUCAUUGAUAACUGACAGAUAUCUCAUAGCACUAACAUAAAAUACCAGAAACAAACUUUAUCUCCCUAUUCUUACAUUUAGUGCAAAUUGGAAUGCGUAUGAGAAUGUUAGAAGAUGGACUUAAUCUCUGACAACUUUAUUAAUUUCUCUAGCUACAGCAAUGCUAUUUAAAAGCCAGUUAGGUAUGAAUAGUACAGUAACAGUUUGGGUUCUCCCUUGAUAAAUGAAUAAAAGGCUCAAUUCUGAUAAGUGAUCAAAUUUCUUGAAAUUCUUUCAAAUCAGCUGAAAAUUUAGUUGGGGUGAAUUGAUGGUUUUUGAGAAGUAGGCCAGGUAUCCUCACAAAGAAGUUUUAGAAUAGGGUUCCUUUUAAGUUUUUAAAUAUCAUCCUUUGUCUUUCCAUAUGGUUUUCAUAACCAAAUACAUGACUAUAGCAUGGUUAUUUUUCUAGUACUGCCAUUUGUGAUAUAGCCACAUCUUGGCGUGCAAGCUAGACAUCUCAGGUAAAUUUGUUUUUUUUUUUUUUUUAGCCCUAGAGGUAACAUUAUAACUAAAAUGCAUUCCUGCAAUUCUGUUUGCAGUGCUUCACUAAACAUUGAAAUAAAGUUGUAAAUUUUUUCUUCAGUAAUCCAUUUUAUAGUUAAUCAUACCAAAUUUAAGUUGAUGACCUAAAGUCCAGGUAGUGUUGAAGAUAGUAUGUAACUAGAAUACUGGUAAUGAGAAAUUGUUGUAAAUUGAAGAAAACAAGAUGCUGCCAUAUAUUAAGAGAAUAUAAUUAACUCCAUGAGAAUGGUUACUCAGGAACUAGUUAAAGAGCAAACCCAUUUCUCCCCCUUCAAUCUGUUUCAGAUAUUUUUAUUGGAAAAUGUUAGGGUAGAGGCCUGAGAAAGCUAGCAAAUGCUAUUGACUGAUACUGGCUCUGUGUCUUCCAGUGAUUUUUAGUUUGGUUUUUACAGUCAAGCCUACUGCUUGCAAUUAAGAUAUCAAUCUGAAAUGCAUCUGUAAUUCCUGGCCACAGGUCCUUAUUGCCAUUAUUUUUAAGUAUCUUCAUUGGAGAUGAACACUGACUUUUGCAUAUGGUCUCUUACCUCAGGGAAGAUCACUUGCUAGCAACUCAUACUACUAAUGACAGGUUUUUGAGAAUUGUACUGACAUCACAUGUUAGCUACUAAAGCAAAAUGUAUAAAAGUACUGUUUUAUGUAGUUACCUACCAAUACUAUCUGCUACUGAAUAACUCUCUAAAUAUGUAGACCUCACUAAUAACUAACCUUUAGGUAAAAAAUUUACUUCUGUCAUUAAUUACACUUCAACUGGUCAAUAUAGUGGCAGCAUAAAGUGUUUAUUUCAGAAUAUCAAUACAGUUUUGUCUUCAUUUUUCAACAGUAAUUUCAAUUGGUUCAUACUUAAAAUACUACACAGAUUUUGAGUUUUAUGGUUCUCAAAGCAAGGUUUCCAUCUUAAGAUUUUUAUAAAAACAAAGCCUUUGCAAAAUUGGAUUAAAUUCCACCUAUCUUAAUGUGAAUUAACAACCACCAUUUAUAAUAAUAAUAGCGCCAUAUUCUAAGUUGAGUAAAUGUAUCCUACCAUUCAAGGUUAUCAUAUAAUUUAACAAAAUUGUACAACCUUAAGGCUCUUCACAGUAUAAAUUAAUUUUUCAAACCAGAGCUGUUCACAUGAAAAUAUUCCUUAGUAGAAUGUAUAUUUAAGAAAUAAAACAACAAAGGGGAACUAUAUCACCCAUGUAAGUUAUAGAGUUAAUUACAAAUUCUACCAUUCUUGAUAAUUCUUUGAGAUGCUAAGUGUUUCAGUUCAUAUUUAAUGAUACUUAAAUCGUGGGAAUUUUAAUGUUUGUUCCAAAAUAGCAGAAAUUGUAAAAAUUAUGAAUUAUUGGAGAAAAUGCCAUUACUUGUAUAUCUGACAUUUAAUUUUUUAAUUAUGGAGACUACAUGCUUUUGUAGUAUAAUAUUAAUGAUUAUUCUCUUGUAAAAGAAAAGGAAAAAUUAGUAAAGAAAAAAGUUUUAGUUGA